GCCUGUGGGGAUGGAUCCCACGUGGAUGGCUGUGGGGACAGCUCUUCACCUGCCAGGUCCUUCCUGUUUCUGUCCCGAGCACCGCUGCCAGCCUGGCUCGGCCUGCAGCAGGACAGUGGGGGUCCCGCAGAGCCGGGUGACAGCAGGGUGACAGGGAAGGAAGGCUCGGCCCCUCACGGCGUUUGUGCCACAGGUCUGGCAGGGGUAUCUGAGGCUCCCGGAGCUCAGCUGCUGCCUCCGGCGCCAGGUGCUGGCAGGCUCCGGGGGAAGGGGCUGCCUGGGAUCUAUCGGUGCCCUCGCUGAUCUUCGCGGGCAGCGCAGCACCCCCGCUCCCGGGCUGAGCGCGCCAGGCUGUGCCGCUCCUUCAGCAGCGAAGCGGUUAAUCCCGGAUGCUCUUUCCACCCCGGCUCUCCAGCCCCAGCCCCGCUGCCUCCCGGACAAGCGCUCUCCUGGGCAGGUUGCUGGUCCGGGGCCAAGGGGAGGGCCACGGCGGCGAGGCAGCCUUUGUCCCAGGAGCGGGCUCCCAGCUCCAGGUACGCGCUGAGUCCGGGGCGAGCGCGGCGCAGCCGGAGCGGCGGCCGGAGCCAACGGGUUGGAGGAGGAAUGGGCUCCAAAGCCAAGGCCAUUGCUGGUCUCCUGGCAGCCACCUGUGUCUGCAGCGUCAUCGCCCUCAUUCUGAGCGUCGUGAAUGUGAAGGAUGUGUUUCUGCCCCCCAGCACCAAGUACGGUCUGGUGUUUGAUGCUGGCUCCACACACACGUCCCUCUACAUCUACCGGUGGCCUGCGGACAAGGAGAACGACACUGGCAUUGUGUCCCAGGUGGAGGCCUGCUCUGUGUCCGGACCCGGCAUCUCCAGCUACGCAGACGACCCCGCGGGGGCUGGCGCCAGCCUGAAGCCUUGCCUGGACAGGGCCAUGAAGAUCGUCCCGGCCGAGCAGCAGCGGGAGACCCCCACGUACCUGGGGGCCACGGCCGGCAUGCGGCUGCUGAGGGAGGAGAACAGCAGCAAGGCCGAGCAGGUCUUGGCCGAGGUGUCCGAGGCCAUUGGGGAGUACCCUGUGGAUUUCCGCGGAGCUCGGAUCCUGACGGGGAGCGAGGAGGGCUCCUUUGGCUGGAUCACUGUCAACUACCUGCUGGAGACACUGGUCAAGUUCUCGUUUGCAGAGAAGUGGGAACAUCCCCAGGACGCCGAGGUUCUGGGAGCUCUGGACCUUGGCGGUGCCUCGACGCAGAUCACCUUCCAGCCCGGGGUCCCCAUAGAGGACAGGAACACGUCCGUGUUCUUCCGGCUCUACGGCACCAACUACUCCCUGUACAGCCACAGCUACCUGUGCUACGGGCAGAGCCAGGCCCUGAAGAUGCUGCUGGCAGCUCUGCACCAGGCCAGCUCGAGUGCCCAGAUCCUUCACCCCUGCUACCCGCAGGGGUACCAGGAGAACAUCACCGUGGCAGAGCUCUACGACAGCCCCUGCGUGCGUGCGCCAAGCUCAGCCAGCCCUGGCCCUGUCCUCACGGUGACGGGGACAGGGGACCCAGCCGCGUGUGGCACGGCCGUCCGGAGACUCUUCAACUUCAGCUGCAGGGCGCGGGGGCCGUGCGGGUUCAAUGGGGUCUAUCAGCCCCCCGUGCGGGGACAGUUCUUCGCUUUUGCUGGGUUCUACUACACCUUCAACUUCCUGAACCUGACCCACCAGCAGUCUCUGAGUGAAGUCAACACCACAGUCCUGUCCUUCUGCAGGAGGAACUGGACAGAGCUGGUGCAGAGCUUCCCAAAUGAUUUGAAGUACCUGCACACCUACUGCUCCGUGGCCUUUUACAUCCUGACACUGCUGCUCGAUGGCUACAAGUUCAACGAGCACACCUGGAGCAACAUCCACUUUAGCAGGCAGGCAGCAAACACAGACAUCGGGUGGACACUGGGCUUCAUGCUGAACUUGACCAACAUGAUCCCUACUGAGGCUCUGCAGCAUGUCAAGGGCCACCAGCCCGGCCUGUGGGCAGGGGCCGUCUCCUUCCUUGUACUGGCCAUCGUGGCAGGCCUGGUGGCUGUUUUCCUACACUAUUUCUGGAAAACAAAGUAGCUCCCAGCCUCCUGACUAGAGGCAUGCUAGGCAUCUUGCCUACUAAACCAGGCAGAGAAGAGGUGGAAAAUGGAGAAGAAUGAAGGCAUUAGACCACCUCCAUCGCUCAGGAGAUCUGACUGGGUCAUCUCUGUGAAUGUAGAAGAUGACUUGAUCUCUCUCCAAGAGGAAGACUCCUUUAAUCUGACUGCCAAAAUCUCACUGAGACUUGCUGGCGGGAUGAAGCCAAAAAAAUCAAACUAGAAAUAAAAUCGGUUUUGUUUUUCAAAUACGAAUGUCACUGCUCAGCCUAGCAGUUUCCUUGGCAUUCCCAGUCCUGCUGGGCUACUCUUCCAACAGUCCUGGGAGGCAACUGGCAAUGGAGAGCAGUGCUGGACACCUAACUCUUGAUUAGAGGACUGACAUCAUCUGUGUCCUGCCCUGUGCAAGAUGUGCAAUAUUUUUGUGGUAUGUGACAGAAUCUCUUCCC